AUGACUGGGACGUGGUGCUCUGGCAUGUGAUGGCGUCCAAGGUCCGAGAUGCUGUGCUGUGGUACCAGAAGAAGAUUGGUGCGUAUGACCAGCAGAUAUGGGAGAAGUCUGUGGAGCAAAGAGAAAUCAAGUUUAUUAGAUUGGGUCUGAGGAACAAGCCGAAGAAGACCGGCCACGUGAAGCCCGACCUCAUCGAUGUAGACCUGGUCCGAGGGUCUGCGUUUGCGAAGGCGAAGCCAGAGAGCCCCUGGACAUCUCUGACCCGUAAGGGGCUGGUCAGGGUGGUGUGUUUCCCCUUCUUCUACCGCUGGUGGUCACAGGUCACCUCACGAGGAAUAUUCCUGCUGCUGCUGGGACUCUACCUGCUACAGGUGCUGGUGGCGGUGCUGUAUGUGUGUGUGUCGGAGGCAGACGCGCGGGCGGUGCCAGUGACGGAGGUGUUUGGCGGCUCGUGGCUGAUGCUGCUCCUCGGGACGGUCCACUGCCAGAUCGUCUCCACACGGACGCCCAAACCGUCGCCUAGCAACAGUGGCAGGAGGCGCAGGAAACUGAGGAAAGCGGCCCACCUGGAGUCCCAUAGAGAGGCGGACGGCUCUAGCACUACUGAUAACACCCAGGAGGGGGCGCCACUCAGCUCGGGCUCUGUCCACUCCUCUCGUCUGUCCACUCUCCUCACAGGCCUCUGGCAUGACCUCUUUACACACGGGUCGAAGCGCUCGAAGAUGUCCAUCGAUAAGUCCACGGAGACAGACCACGGAUACGUCUCGCUGGAUGGACGAAUCACCAGCAAGAGUAGCGAGGAGGGCCUGCAGCUCAACCCCGACACACACACACACUCACGCACACACACACACUCACACACACACACACACCCCGAGCUGCUGCACCCAGACGAACCCUGCUGGGGCACCCUGGGACCCCGAAACAACCUUCUCCUGCCGCCACUCAGCAAGUGUGUUCCGGAGUCGCUGCUCCCUCGUGAGGCGGAGAACAUCUCAGACGAGGCGUCCAGCGAAGAGGAUCCAGAACAUUCCUACAGCACCCUCCGCAGGGGAGUGGAGAGACUGACCAGCGAGUGCUCACUCCGCCACCGCAAGACACACUCCUUCAAGAAACACUACAACCCUGAGGAGCAGAAGCAGUCGGGGACGAGCUGCAGCUCGCGGUGUUCCAGCCUGCGCACGGCGGACUCGGAGAGCACGCGGCACGAGUCGGAGACGGAGGAUGUGCUGUGGGAGGACUUCCUGCACUGUGCUGAGUGCCGCUCCUCCUGCAGCAGCGAGACCGAGCCAGAGGGGGGCGCCCUCAACAACGCCAGCAGCACCAAGAAGGAGUACAGGGACGACCCCUUCCACCAGGGGCACGUGCCAUGGCUCCACUCCACCAACCCCGGGUUGGAGCGCGUUAGCGCCAUCGUGUGGGAGGGCAACGAGUGCAAGAAAGCAGACAUGUCCGUCCUGGAGAUCAGUGGCAUGAUCAUGAACCGGGUAAACCUGCAGACUCCGAGCAUCGGGUACCAGAUGUUUGGGAACCUGGUUGCCGUGGCGCUGGGCUUGACGCCGUUUGCGUAUCGGCUGUGCCAGUGCCGCGAGCUGGUUCGGCCACCAACCUGACUAGGCGAAGCCAGGUCCGCCCGCCCGGCUCCAACGAUUUGCACCGUCAUCACCAUGGUGACGCUCAGUCUGGUGGUGCGCGCCUGUCUCACCUGGCUCUUCUUCUUCCUGCUCAGCGUCGCCGAGCGCACCUACAAGCAGAGGCUGCUCUUUGCGAAGCUCUUUGGUCACCUGACGUCCGCGCGUCGGGCCAGAAAGUCUGAGGUUCCACACUUCCGCCUCAAGAAGGUCCAGAACAUCAAGAUGUGGCUCUCCCUCCGCUCCUACCUCAAGAGGCGCGGUCCUCAGAGGUCGGUGGAUGUGAUAGUCUCAUCAGCCUUCUUACUCACCCUCUCUGUGGUGGUUAUCUGCUGUGCACAGCUGCUGCAUGUGCACGAGACGUUCCUGGACUGCCACUAUAACUGGGAGCUGGUGAUCUGGUGCUCCUCUCUCUCUCUGUUUCUGCUCCGCUUCAUCACGCUGGGCUCCGAGACCAGCAAGAAGUACAGCAACACCUCCAUCCUACUGACCGAACAGAUCAAUCUGUACCUGAAGAUGGAGAAGAAACCAAACAAGAAGGAGGAGCUGACGCUGGUCAACAAUGUGCUCAAGCUGGCCACCAAACUACUCAAGGAGUUGGACGCCCCGUUCCGGCUGUACGGUCUGACGAUGAACCCCCUGCUCUACAGUAUCACUCAGGUGGUCAUCCUGUCCGCUGUGUCCGGGGUCAUCAGCGACCUGCUGGGCUUCAACCUGAAGCUCUGGAAGAUCAAGUCGUGACAGUGAGCCUGCAGACCCCAGCGGCUCCUGCUAUGGACAGUUCUCUCUCCUGACCACCUGGGGGCGAAGCUGCCUCUGGUCUGACCAGCCCCUGGGUUCCUGACAUAUCGAUCGGAGUGCUCACAUUUCACUUGUGCAAUUCCCAUAUUUAUUAUUUACCCCUCAGUGUUCAGGCCCUCUGGGUUUAGCCGUGUGUGUUUUAAAGUGUCGUGUUAGCUAGAGCUUUGUGUUGCCAUGGGCAACAGGAGAGACUGCAAGAAGACAAACAAACAACAAAUGCUGACAUUUGGAAAAGAAGGCAAUUUUGUAUACUGAAGUGUGUGUGUGUGUGUGUUUCAUUUGUGCGACGGACAAUGAGGAACGUUGUGUGCGGUGUGGCGUCCGCACGGACAGCGGUCUCAGGUGUGUCUAGGACACGCCCCUCCCCAGUGGGCCACGAGGCGUGUCUGCAGCUGGCGUCUCCCACGGCAACCACGGACUGAUAGAGGGGAGGGAGCAGUACUACAGCCAUCCUGAGGGAGGCGCUCUCUGAACGGGAAUCUGCUCUCAAGGCUGCUCUGGGAUUCUACAGUGUUACACUUGCUUUCUGUGUGUGUGUGUGUGUGUGCUGAAGCUGUCGGUCUGGUCACAUCAUGUUCAAUGUUUUGGGAAUGUAUGUCAUAUGUACCAUUAUUGUAUGGAGAGGGAGAGUGUGUGUGUGUGUGUAAGGUAUAACUUACCACAGAGCAGAAAUGGCUGCAUCUUGAUGGAUCCUGACAGGGUUCCACAGACAAGGGUUUCUACAGAGACCAGAUUCCACAAAGGGUUCCACAGACACAGGUUUCCAUAGAGACUAGGUUCCAUAGACAAAGGGUUUUCUAAAGAAAGGGUUCCACAAACAAAAGGUUCCACAGAUAAAGACAGGAUUCCGAACAAACUAGUUAUUUUAACAUUGUCUCGAACUGCUACCAUCUAAUGCAGUUACUUCAGAAAUAUCUGAUAAAGUAUUGGCAAUAAGCUAUUUCCAUGAUCAUGUUCUGCUUGUCUGGCUUACAUGGUCUUCCAUCCAUACAUGACUGUGCACCACACUUAGUGAAUCACUAUUUAAAAGCAAAACUGGUGAAAGGAACACUGAUAACUCGGCAAUAACAUUCAGGCGAUCACAGCUAAGUGGAGUCACUUACCACUUAACCAGCCAGAGCACCAACUUUGGUACCAUGAGGAGUUCUCUUAUUCAGUUGUGAACAACCGGAAUGCUGCAGACGCUCGUCUCUCAGGAAACAAGCCCCGCUGCUAGGGAAGUGACAUCACAUCUCUUCACCGCUGCUAGGGAAGUGACAUCACAUUUGUGCCUGCCACGGCAGCUAGGACACCAUGUGACCGGAACCCCUAUGUGCGCGUCUGUGGAACCUGCUUUAGAGUGUGUGUGUGUGUGUAUGUAUAUAUACACUGCUCAAAUAAAUUAAGGGAACACUUACAGUUUUUCACAAUUGCUGAAACACAUUUUUUGAAAGCUUCCACCCUUUUCUCCAUUCUCAAACUACAAUCACAGAAUGUCUGACUGUUGUUGCAAAAUAAAACACUCGCCUCAAAAGUUUUACUUGUGCUCAGAACCAAACAGUGUCAGAGUACCGGUCCAGUGGAUGAUUGAAGAAUUCCCUUAAUUUUUUUGAGCAGUAUAUUAUCACCUCUGCGCGUGUACACUUCAAAAAAGCAUAGAGUGUGUGUACAUGUGUGUUAAUGUGUGUGUGUGAGAGACUGAGCGGAACACUUGUGAACACGUGCACUUCAAAAACAAAAGCAAACUGUUAUAAAAGCCACCAGAUCUGCACACCAAGCAGAACACACACACACACACCAAGCAAAACGUACACACGCACACACCAAGCAGAACACACACACACACGCAUCCAGACCCCAUGCAGCUGACAUCCACCGUCUGGCGCAAUAAGAGCAGCGACCAGACGUGUGUGUGUGUCCCAUAUUUCAGUGUCCAGACACGUGUGUGUGUGUGUGUGUGCAACUGGACGUGUGUGUGUCCCAUAUUUCAGCAACUGGACGUGUGUGUGCCCCAUAUUUCAGCGGACGCGGACGUCUCUCUGAGGUUCCUGCAUUGUUUGGCGCAAGACAGUCUGAAGAUGACCAAAGUUCUCCUGUUCUGGUUCCCAUCUCUGUCUCCGUUUGCUUUAUUCAGGCUGGAAAUGAAUGUAUUACUGCCAGCUUCACAAACGUAUUUUGAAAUGCUUUAAAGAGUUGUUCCCGAUUACUGCGGUGUAGUGCUGUUUUUGUGGAAAUGCAAAGUUGUGUGAAAUCAUCUCCCUCGUCUAACCUGGACUGAUGACUACAGCUGAUGUGGGGGGGUCUUAAAAUAAAGGGUUGUCAUGUCAACUAACAAAUCAGUUACUGAUCAGUAAAAACAGACAGGGACACUGCUGUCACUAAAACUAAA